AUGAAGUACUACCAUGUACCUGCUGUCAGUAUUGCUUUGAUAAAUGAAGAAGAAAUUGAAUGGGCAAAAGCAUACGGCUAUAUGAAUAUGGAUACUAUGAAAGAAGCCGAUACUUUGACAUUAUUUCAAGCAGGCUCUAUCAGUAAACCAGUAUCUGCCUUAGCUGCUCUGCAACUAGUAGAUCAACGCAAAAUAGACCUGGACGAAAAUGUGAAUACUUAUCUUCGAACUUGGAAAGUUAAAAACACUUCAUUCACCGAAAAAGAAUUCAUUACUUUGCGAAGGCUUCUUACACAUACGGCGGGCCUUACCGUUCACGGAUUUCCUGGCUAUGCUCAAGCAGACGCAUUGCCGGCAUUAAUUCAAAUCUUGAACGGAGAAGAGCCAGCUAACUCGCCAGCAAUUAUUUCGGAUCUAGUACCAGGUACUCUGUGGCGAUACUCGGGUGGUGGAUAUGUUCUCAUGCAACAAUUAUUAGAAGACAUAACGGGAUCUGACUUUGUUACUUUGAUACAACAGUCGAUACUUUCUCUCAUUGGUAUGAAUCAUAGUACAUUCCAAUGGGCGUUACCUCCAUUAUGGUAA